ACCGUUAGUCUUGCAGACCACACACUUCUACCCCAACACAGAGAGACAGUGAUUCAAUUUAAACUUGUUUAUUAAAGAAAACAAACUCAUCUAGAAGAUACAAAACUUUUAAUUUUUUUGUAAUUUGUGCAUUAAUUAGUCAGUAAAAACAUGACAGCACAAAGCCGUAUUUUGAUUAAAGGGGGGAAGGUGGUGAAUGAGGAUUUCUCUGUGAUGGCAGACGUGUAUAUCGAAGAUGGAGUUAUCAGUGGUGUUGGAACAGAUCUGCAGGUGGCCGCUGGCACACGGGUCAUUGAUGCCACACACAGACUGGUGCUGCCGGGUGGAAUAGACACUCACACACACAUGGAGCUGUCCUUCAUGGGCACCACAGCUGUGGAUGACUUUCAGAUCGGCACCCAGGCUGCAGUCGCAGGAGGAACGACUAUGAUCCUGGACUUUGUCAUCCCACAGAAGGGGUGUUCGCUUUUGGAGGCCUAUGAGCGCUGGAGGAAAACGGCUGACCACAAAGUCUGCUGCGAUUACUCCCUUCAUAUGGCCGUGACCUGGUGGGACCACACUGUCAAGAAGGAAAUGGAGACUCUUGUUUCUGAUAAAGGCGUCAACUCUUUUAAGAUGUUCAUGGCAUACAAAGAUGUCUUCAUGCUGCAAGACCACGAGCUCUACGCUGUUUUCUCCACAUGUAAAGAGAUUGGGGCAAUAGCUCAAGUCCACGCAGAGAAUGGAGACCUUAUUGCGGAGGGUGCAAAGCGUAUGCUCUCUCUGGGCAUCACGGGCCCCGAGGGGCAUGAAAUGUGUCGUCCAGAAGAAGUGGAGGCGGAGGCCACACAGCGUGCCAUCACUAUUGCUCAUGCCGCAAAUUGCCCGCUUUAUGUGGUGCACGUCAUGAGCAAAUCUGCAGCGAAGGUGGUGGCUAAUGCACGCAGAAAUGGUCGAGUGGUGUUUGGAGAGCCAAUUGCGGCUGGACUGGGCACAGAUGGCACUCACUACUGGCAUAAGAACUGGGCUCAUGCUGCUGGUUUUGUCAUGGGCCCACCAUUGAGACCAGAUCCCAGUACCCCUGGAUAUCUGAUGGACCUGCUGGCCAACGAUGAUCUAAGCGUAACAGGAACAGAUAACUGCACAUUUUCUGUGUGCCAGAAGGCCCUUGGGAAAGAUGACUUCACUAAAAUCCCAAAUGGAGUCAAUGGUGUUGAAGACCGCAUGUCUGUUAUAUGGGAGAAGGGAGUGCACAGCGGAAAAAUGGACGAAAACCGGUUUGUAGCAGUCACCAGUACUAACGCAGCAAAAAUCUUCAACCUUUAUCCUCGAAAAGGGAGAAUUGCUAAAGGCUCUGAUGCAGACUUGGUCAUAUGGGACCCAAAGGCCAGCAGGGUGAUUUCAGCAAAGACUCACCACCAGGCUGUGGAUUAUAACAUCUUUGAGGGAAUGCAGUGUCAUGGGGUUCCAGUGGUCACAAUUUCCAGGGGGAAAGUGGUUUAUGAAAAUGGCAAACUGUUCACAAACCCGGGUGAGGGACGAUAUAUCCCACGCAAACCCUUCGCUGAAUUUGUGUACAAGAGAAUAAAUCAACGGGAAAAGGUUGGAACGCCGAGUGCUGUAUGCAGAGAACCGUACACUGGAGAAAUCAUAUCUAUUGGUCUGAAACAAUAGUUCUGAAUCAUGAAGGAAAACUAAGAUGGAUGUGCAGUACAUUCAGUUUAUACUUUUUAAACGCAAGGCUGCAGUUAUAGCUAGCAAAAAUGCCUCACACUCUAAUGCCACAGAAGAAACUUCAAAGUCCCCAAAGAACUUUUGAAAAUCACAGAAAGCAUUGCAUUGCUCCAUAAAACUGUUUUUAGGACACAUUUGAACUUUAUACCACUCUCUAGAACACUCAAUCAAUCACUUUCCUUCAGCUCUCUAGAACAAUAUACACUAUCUGACAAAAGUCUUGUCGCCUAUCCAAGUUUUAGGAACAACAAAUAAUAACUUGACUUCUAGUUGAUUAUUUGGUAUCAGAAGUGGCUUAUAUGAAAGGCAAAGGCCUCUGGAUUAUGCUUAUUUUACCAAAAUAAAAUAUGAUAAUCCCUUGAUUUCGAAUUAUUUGAUUAGGACAGUAAGGUCCUAAACUUUGCUGAGGCAAAAGUCUUGUCACUUAACAGAAAUAAAUGUACAGUAUAGAAUAUAAAGUCAUGGUGCAGUGGAACAAGAAUUAAUAUUGUGUAUGACUCACAUCAGCCUGGAGGACUGCAUCCAUACAUCUCUGCAAUGACUCAAAUAACUUAUUAAUAAAGUCAUCUGGAAUGACAAAGAAAGCGUUCAUGCAGGACUCCCAGAGUUCAUCGAGAUUCUUUAGAUUCAUUUUCAAUGCCUCCUCCAUCUUACCCUAGACUUACUCAAUAAUGUUCAUACCUGGUGACUGGGCUGGCCAAUCCUGGAGCACCUUGACCCUCUUUGCUUUCAUGAACGUUGAUGUGGAGGCUAAAGUAUGAGAAGGAGCGCUAUCCUGUUGAAGAAUUUGCCCUCUCCUGUGGUUUGUAAUGUUUGUGAUGAGCGGCACAAAUAUCUUAUACCUCAGGCUGUUGAUGUUGCCAUCCACUCUGCAGAUCUCUCGCACACCCCCAUACUGAAUGUAAUCCUAAACAAUGAUUUCUGUGAGAGUGUUUGGUUUAUGCGCGAUCCAAUAGGUCUUCUACAGUAUUUGUGAUGAUUGGGAUGCAGUUUAACAGAUGAUUCAUCAGAAAAAUCUCCUUUCUGCCACUUUUCCAAAUGAUCAACUAGAAGUCACGUUAUUAUUUGUUGCCCUUACAACUGGGAUCGACGACAAAACUUUUACCAGGUAGUGUACAGUCAAAAAAUUUUCUGCUAGGAAAUAAUAAAAAACGACUUAUAUUUUAUUUAUGAACAACAAUCAAUGAUCAUGGCCAAACUGCCAAAUACAGAAUGUGAUUUUUUUUCGUUUUUCUUUUUUCCCUCUGAAAAUGUAUAUACAUUUUUUUAAUUACUUUUUAAAUGAAAAAAUAAAAAACUAUACAGCA